GGGUUCUUCUCGGUAACGUCACAGUGUUUACCCGGAAAUUAGAGCCUGCUCCAGCAGCUGUAACCUACAGUUUAGCCAUUUCUGACCGGUUUCAGACCCGAGAUAAAUAAUAUUUUAGCGUAUAAUCUGACUGUAUCUACUUUCUCGGUAUGUAUAGUGGUCUCUUGCCCAAAGGUUUAACCGAAGACGACCUCAGUCCAGAUGACGACGAGGAUGAAGCUGAGGAGCAGAGAGAGGGAGAGCAGUGUGAGAGAUCUGCUGAAAAGUUGAGCUCUGAAGGGGAAAACACAGUCUCUGUAAAAGAGACACAGUCUACUCACACUGCCUGUGAAUCAGACAAUGAUUCCCCGACAUGCAGUAUGCCUGGCAUAUCACAGGAAAUGUGGCAAAAAUUCCAGGAUCUACGGAAGAAAAAUGAAGAAAUUAAGACAAUGAAGGUCCCCCAAAAAAGAAAAAGAAGACGACACAAGAAAGGAACAAAGAGUGAGGAAACUGCAGAGACAAGCAGAGAGCAUCAGGAGGAGCAUGAUGAGCACUGGAAUGAGCUUAAGCAGCAUUUCGGUGUAAAUGAUCGAUUUCAUCCCCCUGCAUGUUCCAAACCCCCACCGAAGUCCGGCCUAGAAAAGAGCAUAGAGGGGGCCAUCGCUGAAGGGGACAUUGCAAAGGCGGAGGAGAUGAGCGACAGACUCGCCACUCGAGAGCUGGCUGUGAAAAUCGCUCAAGCUGCUGAUUGCCGUGACUUUGUGCAACGCAAACAGGAAGAAGAAGCUUUGAGGGCUGCGCAGAAGAGGAAGAACCAAAUAUCCUGGGGGUUUGAGGCCAAGAGACGAUGGGAAACCAAAAGCAACAUGGGCUUCAUGUGACAAACAGGGAGAAGAACUGUUAUUUUUUUAAGUGAAUAUGAUAAAAGUAGUGAUUUUUAUGGCGGACUGAUCCUCUUUGUAUAUUUUGAAGGCUUCUCAACAGCGCAGUGUGAGGGGGGGAAGUCACACAGUUGGCUGAGGAAAAACCAAUCCAGAGAGCACAAGAGAGCGAAAAAAUUAUGGAGCAUUCAAAUUAAUUCCUAAGGCGCCCAUUGGUGUCUGCAUUGUGUUAUUUUUCAUUACAUUUCAGUGAUUUGAAGCGUUCUGGCCUUUUUCUCCCCCCCCCCCCCUUCAAAUUAAAUCUGGUGUACAUUACUGGAUGAUGCGUUUAUUUAUUGCUGUAAAGUGGGUUAAUCAUGAAGGCGCUCCUUUCUUCUUCCGAGGAAGAGAAAGGAAAGAUUAGGGCCCUAAUGCAAUGUACAGGAUAAUGUGCGAUAGGAUUUGGGAGAAGAAAAUGAAAUUUGGCUGCUGUAAACAGUUGUGAGCAGUUGUAAACUGGAAGUUCAGUGAACGUUUUGGGGGUGGGGAGAUGUAAGAGACUGGGGAGGAGGCUUUAUUUUUGGGCCCUCACCCAUGCUGCUAUUGUUUCUCAAUCCCGAACAAGAGGCACGCGCUGUUUCUCGAAGCCUACACUCUCAUUGUGGGAUGAGCUCUCUUCAGCAUCUGUAAACUUGCGUCAAUUCCUCUCGCUGUCCCUUUGAUAUUGUUUUUUUUAUUAUCCGUAGCUCUUAUGAAACGCUCCUUCAGAUUCCAGGAAGUAGUAAUUGCAAACAGGACGCAAAGAAGCAAAAGCAUGAUAAUUACUUUUAUUCAUAAUGCAUGCUGUUAUAUUUUUUUCUUCCUAACCAUAGAAAAUGAUUGCUUUGCUUCAAGGUAACGAGAAUUCAAAUGAAUCCCACCUAAGUUGUUUGCAGUUUGGGCACUUCGUCCCCCUGUUCUCAUAGAUCUGCUGUGUAGCCUGAAAAAAGACGAGGAAAAUUACCUUAACAUCAGAAAUAAAAAGUUUGUAGGCAAUUAUGAUCCAAAACACCUGAGAAACCUCGAUAUGAUAAAAGAAAUGCUGAUUUUAGAAAAAUCAAGCUUUUUGCAUCACUCUACAUCCGAGCCAAUCACAAGACUGUGUAUCUGAGAGGCUGUCAGUUGGUGAGAAUUGGUGCUAAUUAAACUAUUAAUUAUCUCUGUAAUGAGACGCGAGUUAAAACUGUGUUAAGCACAUCAAAGUACAACAUGGGAUUUCUUUACUUUGAAGACUGCUAUGAAAAAUAUAUCUUGACUGAAGAGUGCGCAAACAUCCGAGAUGCUUUAAUAAUGGGACAAAAAGUAGUCACAUUUUUAGAGCCUUCAAAAGCUUGCGAUAAUUCCUGGAGAACAACGUGUUGGUUAAGUAGUCAAUCUUUUUGUGUGUAUUUCAUAAACAUUGGACUUUGUUUUUCAGUAUUACUUUUAUUAUCUCAUUAAAAACUAAACAAAAGGCACGAAGCAUCUGUGACUAUGUUCUCUGUAUGGGAAAGACGUUUUUCAAAGCUAGUAGUUGUCAGUGAACGUGGCACAGCGCUGAUCCAAGAGCAGCCGUAUCAAUAGCAUCUCACUUUAUUAAUCUCUUGGAACACAGGAUAAUGCCCUGAGCAGAGAUGAUUCUGCUUUUAAGCUGGAAAAUCCACGUCCCCCUCUCGACAUGUUGAGGAGCUGUUUUCAAUAGUCUGUUCCUGGAGGCCAAUCUUAGCCCCUGACCUAGGCUGAUUUGUUGUGAAACGCGGAGACAAAUUCCUUGGGCACAUGUCGAAGCACUUCGAGGGAAAAGUGUUUGUUGUGUGGAGUAGGGGGCUGCGAGGAGAAAAAAACAACAACAAUCCUAUUAAAUGGUUAGAAAGCUGCUGUUGUAUGAAAGGGAACAUGUGUUGCCGGUAACGCGACAUCAGCACUAUCACUCCCUGCUAUCGCGGCUGGAAGAGGAUUAACUCCAAGGAGAGAUCUCUGAGAUGCAGCUGAUAAAGGCAAGCAACGUUCAAAACACCUCGCACCUAACACAACGUGGAGAUCAGACGUGGUAAUGUCUCUUUGUUUGUGCAUUGUUCAAGGUUUUGAUAACAAUGUUAUGGUGUAACUACAACCUGUAACGCUUACUCUCGUUGCAGUUUUCCUGUGUAAAUAAAGCUUACAAUCAAUGUUAGAUUUAUGAAAUGGUUCACCUUUAAAGGGCAUGGUCGAUUUAUUUUUAUCUAUGGGG